ACGGGUCACCCUGUUCACAGUCUCAGUCUCUGCUCCUCACUUCAACCUCAGUCUACUGUUCUGCCUUUUUGCUGAAUCCCUCAAUGGAUUGAGCCUGAUUGAUCGUAAUGACUUUGGGGAUCUUAAACGUGGCUGGAGCUGCACUGGGAGCGGCCUUCUCACUUCUCUUCUAUGCCUCGAUUAUACAAGGGUUCCGGCACAAUGUUGAGAGUCCACGUUAUGACACAAGAGAAGCUGUGGUGGGCCAGAACAUCACCUUACAGUGUUUUGUGGAAAAGCUGCCUGGCCUCAAGAUUGUCAACAUCGAAUGGAAGAAAAACCAUGAAAGCACCAAGCUGGCUCUGUAUAGCCAAGGCCAUGGAGAUGUUUUAUUUUGGCCUAAUCUCACUUUAGAUUUUGAGAAUUCAAGCAAGUUCAUGGGGUCCUAUCUACAUCUUCCUGAGGUGAAUACAUGGGACAGCGGCAUCUAUAUUUGUGAUAUUGCAACUUUUCCAUAUGGCACCUUCAGGAGGGAGACGGAGCUAAAGAUUAAAGAUGUUGUUGAAAUAACGUGCGACACGAACAGCAGCUUGGAAGUGGCUAAUGGACAGAAUGUGACAAUUCUCUGCCGAGCUUCCCCCGAUGCCCAGUACAGAUGGACCAAGAACCAGGAGCUGGUGUCACAGAAUGAAUCUCUGGAGCUCGUGUGCGUGACUGAUGCUCACGCAGGAGUUUACACGCUGACAGUCUCCACAGGAAAUGAAACUGUGCAUAAAGAGUUUACCAUCACGGUACAAACAGCAACCACACAUUCAGAGACAGAUCCCACAACUGUCUCGCUGCAGUCCUACACAACUGAGAGUUUUUCGGAACCUGCAGACGACAGCUCCACCACAUCACCGACCACCGGGCUGUUAACCACUGACUCCAAUGUAACUUGGACCACGGCUAAUGGGAGCGAUGGUACUCCAGAUGCGACCACAGCCGGGGAGAACGUCACCUCUUUUACAAGUCCAACACAUUUCAGUGUCACAACAUCCCCUGUCACACAAACUGACCCUGGUCCCUCUGCUACAUCAAGUCCUGGUGGUGCAGAGGUCACGUCCACACAGGAAGUGGUCAGCGAGGGGGGGUACGAGUACGAGGACGUUUCUUUGUCAACCAGGCCACAGGAUGAGACCAGCACCUCUGGAAAAGUUACAGAACAGUAUGAACGCCCCGGUGCAACCCCGACUCUGAACACUGGAAACAAUGGAACAGGAAAUAAAGACGGAGCGAGGACUCAUCUCAUCGCGUUAAUAAUCCUUCCAGUGCUGGUUCUGAUCGGCGUGGCCGGAUUUCUGUACAGGAGACGAACUAUUAAACAAAGGAUGUCUCUGCCGCCUCCGUUCAAACCCCCCCCUCCUCCAGUGAAGUACUCGGCUGCCACACACCAUGAGAUGUACAGACAGGCCAUCCCCACCUCAAGGUGCAACUCGGUAGCGAUCUGAAGGGUUCAAUAACAAGAUGUAAUAUUAAGAGUUAAAAUAAAGAACUCGUAAAAUUUUUGGGGUGACUCCCAUCAAAGGGGUUGGAUCCAGGUUGUUGUUGUUUUUACAUUUUGUGACAUAAUAAGUUGAUGAUAAUUCAUAACUGUGGCAUAUUAAAAAGGACUGUGACUUGAAAGUGUGCAGCCUCGUGGGAUUUAACAGGAA